CCCCACCCAUUAGCAAUUUCUUUUUCAAAUUGGUUUUUUGAGCCUCAUGUUGUUGUUGUAGUGGUAUGAAGCAAACGUAGUAUUAGUGAUAUUCGUGGAGUCCUCGUUCUCUUUAUCGUAGAAAAACCCAAUGACAGUUAUAGAAACGACUUCCUCCUUAGAAGAUUCCCGCUUCGAUCCUUUUAAAAGAAACGAUAAAAGUUUCGACUGGAUCGAACUUGUCAAGUUUCCCUUAGUUUUUGUCAUUUUUCCGUUCCGGUUUUUUGGUGCUCUUCUUUCUGUACUCGGUUGUUAUUUUUUCUUCCUCAUUUUCGGACCUUCUGUCAGACAGAACAUUGCUGCAGAAGUUUCCACUUCCAGAAGACAGUUGCUUCUUAGAGGCGGCAAAUGUUUUUCAAGAGCCUGUCUUUUUUUCUUGGGUUUCUAUAGAGUCUGCGGUCGUCAACAUUCCAGCUAUGACUCUGCCGAAGCAAAAAAAUAUGUGCUUGUUUGUAAUCACACAAGUAUGCUGGAUAUUCUUAUACUUAUGUCAGUUUGUAUGCCUUCCUUUGUUUCCAAAGAAACUGUUAGUAAAGUCCCUUUGAUUGGGAGGAUUGCAACAGGUAUGCAGUGCAUCUAUGUGAAUCGUGCUAGUCGUGGUGGAGUUUCAGCAAAAGUAAUAGAAAGGCAACAAGCCUGUAUGGAACAACGCCCUGUAGCUCCAUUGGUAAUAUUUCCAGAAGCAACGACUACUAAUGGUCACUUUCUUAUUAAGUUUCAUACUGGCGUAUUUCGUGGAGGCUUUCCAGUAGUGCCUGUUGUCAUUAAAUAUCGAUAUAGAAGGUUCUCACCCACUUAUGAAACAAUACGUUCAGCAUAUUACAUCUACAAAUUGUUCACUCAGUUAUAUAAUGAAGCAGAGUAUACCCUACUUCCUAUUUAUUAUCCUAAUGAAGUGGAGAAGAAUGAUCCCUUAGUAUAUGCCAAUAAUGUUAGGGCAGUAAUGCAGAAGGAAUUGAAAUGUUCUUUAUCAGAAAGUUCAUAUCAAGAUAAGCUAGUUUAUCAUGGGUUACUGCGUAAGCAAGACCGACCUAAACAGCUUUAGUCAUGUGUUGUAAAUGUCGUGGGGUAGUGUGAUUCCUUACCAAGACAGAAGAAUUAAGGAAGCUUGCUGUUAUUCCUAUGAUAUUACUUAUGGUUUGCCUGUUGCUCUAUGAGAAAAUAACGUCCUCUUUUUAUGAACAGACAGCUUGUGCUGUACCGAGGAAUCAUUGAAGUAUUUGAAGAGUAUGCACUUAUUCACAUGUGGGAUAUGAUAGGAGCACACCAGAAUACCUCGGCAUUAAGUUUGGUAGUUCACAAGUAUGGUUCAUAAAUUUUUUUGUCUUGUUCUACUGUAAACAAGAAAUCAGUUGAAUAAAUUAUCGCGUUGAAAA